UUAAGCCCUACUCUCUCUCACUCCCUCCUCCUCUGUGUGAGAGAAAAAACACACGGAGAGAUUCUUCACCCACCCCUCUCCAUCUCUCUCUCCCUUCCUAGGUUUUCCCUUACAUUCUCUCUCCUCUCUCACGCUCAUUUCCCUUUCGUUUUCAUCGCCUCCUUUGUCUAUUUUCUAACCCAAACCCAGAAUUUCCACCCACCCUAUUGUUUCCCUUAAAAAAUUUCCUAGCUUUCACCAUGCCCACGUCUUAAAAAUGCGUUCUUUGUAUACCCAUUUGCCCAAAAUCGAAUCUUUGUGAAUCUUCUGGGAAUCGUUGAGUUCUCUGAUCAAUGGGGCGGAGAGAUGUUCAGGUUUUCGAUGACAGGAGCGAUGGAUUCUUCUCCGUUUGCAAUUUGGGGUUUCAAUCGAGUCCCCAACAGGUGCAGUAUCCCCACGCCGGAGGCUUAUUCGCCAGCGUUUCCCAAGUCGGAAUGGGGUUCGGAGUCUCGCCGACGCCGGACCCACAAAACCCGCGCGGGGACGGCGGCGGCAUGAAGCUGCCGUACGCCGACCUGUACAUGAAGUAUGUGGAGGGCAUUAAGAAUUUUGGGGCCAAGGAGGAGGAGGAGGAGAUAGUAGAAGGGGAAGGGGUGGUGAAGAAGAAGAAGAAGGGUGGUUUGAAGUUGAAGAUUAAGAUUGCUAAUCCUUCUCUGAGGAGGUUGAUUAGUGGUGCGGUGGCCGGAGCGGUGUCGAGGACGGCGGUGGCGCCGUUGGAGACUAUAAGGACGCAUUUGAUGGUUGGGAGUAGUGGGAAUUCCACUACUGAGGUGUUUACUGAUAUUAUGAAGGUGGAUGGGUGGACGGGAUUGUUUAGGGGGAAUUUGGUCAAUGUGAUUCGGGUUGCGCCGAGCAAGGCAAUAGAGCUGUUUGCUUAUGAUACAGUUAAUAAGCACCUGUCGCCCAAAGCUGGAGAACAGUCGAAACUUCCAAUUCCUGCCUCAUUAGUUGCAGGUGCCUGUGCUGGAGUGAGCUCCACACUUAUCACAUACCCCCUUGAGUUACUAAAGACUCGGCUAACCAUUCAGAGAGGCGUAUAUAAUGGCCUUCUUGAUGCAUUUGUAAAAAUUAUUCGAGAAGAGGGACCAGCAGAGCUCUAUAGAGGUCUUGCACCCAGUCUUAUUGGAGUCAUUCCUUAUGCUGCCACAAAUUACUGUGCUUAUGACACAUUACGGAAAGCCUAUCGUAAGAUUUUCAAGCAGGAGAAGAUUGGGAACAUUCAGACCCUUUUAAUUGGAUCAGCAGCUGGUGCUAUUUCAAGUACCGCAACUUUCCCUCUUGAAGUAGCUCGCAAACAUAUGCAGGUGGGGGCCGUGGGUGGAAGGCAGUAUAAUGAUGUGAUUCAUGCCCUCGCAAGCAUACUUGAACAUGAAGGUAUUGCUGGUUUAUACAGAGGGCUCGGGCCUAGCUGCAUGAAGUUGGUGCCUGCAGCAGGGAUUUCUUUCAUGUGCUACGAAGCAAUGAAGAAGAUACUGGUAGAGGAUGAUGAGGAAGCAUAGGAAACUUACAAAUAAGUUUUUAAGUUCAUAUCACAUAUCGGUCAGAGCAGGGAGGAAAGAAGUGGGAUAACUUUUUAAUGACACACGGCAUGUUGCCCUUUUUCUCAUUGUUGGAUUUUUUUUUUCUUCUAUUGCGACUCAGCUCAAGGAGCCUUGGGUUUUUCUGAGGUUAGAAUUUUGAUGUUUUUGAGAAUUAAUAUAAAUGGCAUCGAGUUUUUUGCUCUUGAAAGAAA